CCUUGCUUACGGAAAUAUGGCGGCCUCAUCGAAGACUAUUCGACCGAAGUUUAUUGCUCAUAUUAUAUCGAAAAAGCAAUGAAUACGUAUAGAAACCAGGGAGAUAACAACAACAAAGUUGUUAAUUGCACAUGUUGAAAAGGAGCUGGGAAAACGCCCUGGCAACACACUGGCUGGCAUAAAAAGUUUGGAGUUUGCGCAAGUGCCUGGGUCGGAGUGUACAGACAGUACGGGAGAGAAACUCGGCGCAGAACGGAAAGAGUGGACACGGAAGUUUGAAGUCAAUUGAAUACCAAAGGGUCGGGUGGGCAUUGCGCUAAAUCUUUAUUCAUGUUGUGAAUACUGAAUCAAUCAAGAGAAAAAAAAGUACUCAGUAAGAAGCUAUCACUGGUUAUUAUCAAUUUAGUUGUCUAACUAACCAACUGUUGACUCUUUGGAUGUGCAUUUACAGGGUAUUGCGCUGCAUACCACCUCCACAACCAACAGCAUAUAGGCAGCAAAGCUAGCCCUUCCGUUGGCUUUAGUUCGUAGUAUUCCAACAAAGUGUCUCAUAACCACUUCUGCGUAUUUAUAGUUACUAAAUAAACGAUGUAGCGUUGUCAGAGAGAUUGUUAUGAUACACAGAGCAUUUAAACCUUUUAAAUUAUCUUUCUGGUAACGGCACUGGCUAUCAUCUGAGUAAUGCUAACGUUAGCCUGCUGGCUGGUUACUAGUUUUCCAUGGUUUCCAUACAUUUUAGCCAAUGCUGCUGCUAGUGUCUUUUGUCAUGCCAUAGUGUGGCCUGAAAAGAUGAAAGACCACAGAUGACAGCAAAACAUUUACUGAAUGUCCAAUAUACAACCAAUUAGGCAUGGCCAAUGAGUGGAUUGAUUGGUGCUGAACAUCAAUCUGUUUGUUAAAGGGAUCAGCCAGAAAGUAUGUUAGAUGGUAUAUAAAGUUGCUACAUUUCUAUGUGCAGUAUUGACAUGAUCAAAUCUGUUGUACAACAGUCUAGCCAGUAUUUGACUAGGCAGGUGUCUGCUGAAAUACUGUACAGGGACCACCAGAAUGGUUGUGUGUAGCAGAUAGUCAUGGUUGCUAACUAUAUGAACUGUUUUAACAAAUAUGGAACUAAGGUUUUGCAGCUCAGCUGAUAAAUGUAUUUGUUAUUCUGCCUUUUCUAUAACUUAUUUGUAAAAUUUGAUGGUAGUUUUCUCUGCUGUUCUAAGUCAUCAUACUUUUAAAUUAACCAUGAUAUGGACCACAAAAGCAGUUUAGGGCCUACAUUCUAUUACUUCAUUCUGGAUGAACAAUGUUCAUAUGUUCAUUCAGUGAAUACAUUUAAUCAUAACUAGGCCUUGGGUCUUCAUCAAAUGGUCUUCAUGAAUGUGCCUCCAGAAUCCUGCUCUGGCAAAGAAAAUAAAAAUCUGUGGCAAAUAAACCAUAAAGGGCUAUUAGGUCUGAUCUCAAUUAACACUAACAGACUCCACCAAAGUAGUCAAUGCAUGAGAAAGAGACAAGAAUUGGAGUGAGAAGAACCAGCCGACCUGUUGGUUGCUGCAUUCACCUAUUUCAUCCAAAACUCCUGGAUUGGUGUCUGCAGUGGGAUGCAGAAGUGAGCCUGUUCCACCUGCUCCACUUUCCAGUCAUCAGCACACCAGGAGAGGACAUACUGAUUAAGGAAAAUCACACCGCAAAGGCGGUUCCCGAUCUCCAUCUCCUGCCUAUCAAAUCUACCAAACCGAGGCGGUAAGAAAGCCCAGUUUGGAGACCCUGCUGUGGCCUGGCACCCUGCCCUUAUGGGGCAGCAGCCGGGGAAGUUUGUUGGGGACCAGAGGAGACCUAGUCUGCCAGCACUGCACUUCAUCAAGGGGGUGAAGAGGGAGCCACCAAGACAUGGAAACAUUCCCUGUAAUGUCUUCACUGUGCACGAAGCUCUCCAGAGACCAGACAUUGAGCCCCAGGGUCUGCCAGAAGCGGCACGCUGGAACUCCAAAGAGAAUCUUUUAGCUGGACCCAGCGAGAAUGACCCCAACCUGUUUGUUGCCCUCUAUGACUUUGUGGCCAGUGGGGAUAACACACUCAGCAUAACUAAAGGAGAGAAGCUACGAGUCCUGGGUUACAACCAUAAUGGGGAGUGGUGCGAAGCGCAGACCAAGAACGGCCAGGGCUGGGUGCCCAGUAACUACAUCACCCCGGUCAACAGUUUGGAGAAGCACAGCUGGUACCAUGGGCCCGUGUCGCGCAACGCCGCCGAGUAUCUGCUCAGCUCGGGGAUCAACGGCAGCUUCCUGGUCCGGGAGAGCGAGAGCAGCCCGGGUCAGAGGUCAAUCUCGCUGCGCUACGAGGGCCGCGUUUACCACUAUAGGAUCAACACGGCGUCUGACGGGAAGCUCUACGUGUCUUCUGAGAGUCGCUUCAACACGCUGGCCGAGCUGGUGCACCACCACUCCACGGUGGCCGACGGCCUGAUCACCACGCUCCACUACCCGGCGCCCAAACGCAACAAGCCCACCAUCUACGGCGUGUCGCCCAACUACGACAAGUGGGAGAUGGAGCGCACCGACAUCACCAUGAAGCACAAGCUGGGCGGGGGCCAGUACGGGGAGGUCUACGAGGGGGUCUGGAAGAAGUACAACCUCACCGUGGCCGUCAAGACACUCAAGGAGGACACCAUGGAGGUGGAGGAGUUCCUGAAGGAGGCCGCUGUCAUGAAGGAGAUCAAACACCCCAACCUGGUCCAGCUGCUGGGCGUGUGCACGAGGGAGCCCCCGUUCUACAUCAUCACGGAGUUCAUGACCCACGGCAACCUGCUGGACUACCUGAGGGAGUGUAACAGGGAGGAGGUCAACGCCGUGGUGCUGCUCUACAUGGCCACGCAAAUCUCCUCCGCUAUGGAGUACCUGGAGAGGAAGAACUUCAUCCACAGGGACCUGGCCGCCCGUAACUGCCUGGUGGGGGAGAACCACCUGGUGAAGGUGGCAGACUUCGGGCUGAGCAGGCUGAUGACGGGCGACACGUACACGGCGCACGCCGGAGCCAAGUUCCCCAUCAAGUGGACGGCCCCCGAAAGCCUGGCCUACAACAAGUUUUCCAUCAAGUCAGACGUCUGGGCAUUCGGAGUGUUGCUAUGGGAGAUCGCCACCUAUGGCAUGUCUCCAUACCCGGGCAUAGACCUGUCCCAGGUGUAUGAGCUCCUGGAGAAGGACUACCGCAUGGAUCGGCCCGAGGGAUGCCCAGAGAAGGUCUACCAGCUUAUGAGGGCCUGCUGGAAGUGGAACCCCGCAGAGAGGCCGUCAUUUGCUGAGACCCACCAGGCAUUUGAGACCAUGUUCCAGGAAUCCAGCAUCUCCGACGAGGUGGAGAAGGAGCUGGGCAAGAAAGGGAGGAAGGGGUUGCAGGGCCCCACCCAGCAGGCUCCACAGUUACCCACCAAGACCCGGACCCUCCGGAGAGCUGUGGACCGAGACGGAGACAACCCUGACACCGUGGAACCGGAGGUGGCCGUGUCGCCCAUGCUUCCCAGGAAGGAGCGCCCCUUCCUGGACAACAACCUGAACGAGGACGACCGCCUCCUGCCCAAAGACAAGGACAAGUCUCGCACCAGCCUCUUCAACCUCAUCAAGAAGAAGAAGAAGCUGGCGCCCACGCCGCCCAAACGCAGCAGCUCUUUCCGAGAGACGGACGUGCUCCCGGAGAGACGAGGCCUGGCGCCUGACCACAGAGACAACGACUUCAACAACGGCCCCACAGCCUUCAAUGAAACGCACAACGAUCUCAGCAAGUUUCCGGGCGCCAACAACAACGGGGCAGCCGGUAUUACCAACGGGGCCCCCACUUACCCGGGCCUCCUGUUCCCCUCUCAGCAUGCCAGGAAGAAGGGGGCGCCAGUGGUGCCCAGUGUGGCAGGGAAGAUGGCCACCACUCCGCCCAGUGAGGAGGACGUAGUGUCCAACUCCAAACGCUUUCUGCGUUCCUCGUCGGCCUCCGUCAUGCCCCCGGGCUCGGAGCGCACAGAGUGGAAGUCCGUCACGCUGCCCCGGGACCUGCACAAAGGCCACUUUGACUCUAGCACCUUUGGUAAGCCCGCCCUGCCCCGCAAGAGGGCCAAUGAGAAGCCAGAGAUCAGCACCCCUCGUAUGGAGACCCUCACCCCCCCACCCCGCCUGCCCAAGAAGUCAGAGGACCAGUCAGAUGAGGUGUUCAAGGAUGCGGAGGUGUUUAAAGAGGCAGAGAGGAGGCCUCUGGGGCAGGGACCAGACAGCUCCAAAACCAACGCUCUGCAGGCCGAGUUGCUGAAGCCAAAUGUUUUUCCUGCUCUGGGGGCAGCCGGGGACGAGUGCAGGGCCCGCCGACACAAACACAACCCGGACCAAUCCAGUGCCAGGGAGAGAGCCAAGUUCCAGAAGCCCAAGCCGGCUCCCCCUCCUCCCCCCGUCUCCAGCACCAAGACGGGCAAGGUCUCACGCAGCCCCACUCAGGAGCUGGCCUCUCCCACUGACAACAGAGCCAAGGCUUCAGAGCCAUCCAGCCCCUGUGACCCAACCCGCUCUCCCCUGGAGGGUCUCAAGAAACUCAGCACCUCCUCUAAACCGCAGCCUUCCAAGACCUCCACCUCCUCUUCCUCCUCCUCUUCCUCAAUGUCGGGCUCCACAUCCAGCCCCCUGGGCUUCUCUUCCCUCACCUCCCCAGGAGACCAGUCCUCUCCCACAGCCUUCAUCCCCCUCAUGAACACCCGCCGCUCCCUGAGGAAGACACGCGCGCCCCCGGAGCGCCAGCCCAACUCCGCCAUCACUAGGGACAUGGUCCUGGAGGGCACGGAGCUGCUGCGCACUGCCAUUGGACGCAACUCGGAGCAGACGGGUAGCCACAGCGCAGUCCUGGAGGCGGGGAAGAACCUGUCCAAGUACUGCAUGAGCUACGUGGAGUCCAUCCAGCAGAUGAGGAACAAGUUCGCCUUCCGCGAAGCCAUCAACAAGCUGGAGAGCAGCUUGCGAGAGCUGCAGAUCUGCCCGGCUGCCACCGGGGGCGCCAGCGGAGCACAACAGGACUUCAGCAAGCUGCUCUCGUCCGUCAAAGAGAUCAGUGACAUUGUUCAGAGGUAGCGGAGAAAAGGCCACCCUGACUGGGAAAUGAAGCUUAAUUAACCUCACCCCAUCCUCUCACUGCAUGAAAUGGUCCACGGUUGUGUCUCCUCAGUCGUGGUCAUGCUGAACUCACAUUGAGGUGGAAGCAGAUGUGCUACAGGACAGUUUGAGCAUAAUGAACACCUCUGAGAAGUAUACUUUAUGCAGCCUUACAGGAUGUCAGAGGACACUUUGAACACUAAACAUUGGUUACUUUGCUAAGAAUCAAAGGAACAUUGUCUGUUAAAAGCCUUUACUAUGAAUGCUAGUUCCUACCUUAACGGGAAAGUCCAUGGCCCUAUUCUACAUCACGUGCCUUCUUCAUCAAUCAUUUUCUAAAGGAUCCUGUCUUUUAGAAAGGAUCCUGUUUUUUCUUUUUAUUAUGGUAUUGUAGAAAGAAGCAUUUCCAU